AUGUCCGACAAAGACAGCGCGGAUCAGACGAAACACACGGAGACGACGACAACCACUGAGGAGGAAGUGAUGGCCAAAAGUGUGGACGAGUUUAGCGCCGAUCAGCAGAUCGUGUGUUCAAUAAUUCCCGGAUUGAGUGCCGACUUAUAUAAGGGACAGUCGGGACGGAUCGGAGUGAUCGGUGGAUCAGUUGAAUACACGGGUGCCCCGUAUUUCGCCGCCAUUUCGGCGCUUAAGGCCGGCGCUGACCUGUCGUACGUGUUUUGCUCGCGAGAGUCGGCGCCUAUUAUUAAGUCUUAUUCUCCGGAACUCAUUGUUUACCCGAAUCUGGACUCCGAUAACGCGGUGGAAGAGAUCGCCGCUGUUUUGCCCAAACUUCACGCCGUAGUGAUCGGUCCCGGACUCGGACGCAAUGACCGAACUCUGGCUAAUGUCGGCGCCGUUAUCGACAAAAUCAAAGAGAUGGACAUUCCUCUGGUCUUGGAUGCGGACGCUCUGUAUUUUGUGUCCAAAUGUCCGGAAAUAGUUCGCGGAUAUACUAAAGCCAUUUUGACCCCAAAUGUGGCCGAAUUUGACCGCUUAUACGCUUCGGUCUAUCGCUCGGAACCCAACAAAAGCGAAGACCCGAACGCAGCACUCAUGCAGUUGUGCCACACUUUGGGCGACAUUACGAUUAUCCGCAAAGGAGCCGAAGACACCAUUAGUGACGGACACAAUAUCGUGACGUGCAGUGAGAGGGGUAGUCCUCGUCGGUGCGGAGGACAGGGAGACCUGCUAUCGGGCUCUAUGGGUGUCUUCUCCUACUGGAGUCAUAAGGCAUUCGCCGCUCAGAGCUCUUCCACUGAUUUGAGUCGACAGAAGUUGAGUCCAACACUUGUGGCGGCUUUGGGCGCAGCAAUGCUGACCCGACGGUGCGCUCGAUUGGCGUUCGCGAAGUGGAGCCGAAGCACCACAACAACCGAUUUGAUCGCUGAGAUUAACACCGCUUUCAAAUCUUUGUAUCCCAUCGACUGA